GUGCUUGGUGUGAACCGUAAACCGUAAAAUCCGUUCAAGAUGAUGUCCCUUCCGGGAACGUUCGCGUGCGAUGAGUACGGACGUCCGUUCAUCGUGCUGCGGGACCAGGAAAAUCAGAAGCGUCUUACCGGCAAUGAAGCUAUCAAGAGUCACAUCUUGGCAGCGAAGCAAAUCGCAUCGAUCGUCCGCUCUUCGCUCGGGCCGAAAGGUCUGGACAAGAUGAUGGUCAGCGGAGACGGUGAGGUCACGGUUACCAACGAUGGUGCCACGAUCAUGAAGCUGAUGGAUGUGGAGCACGAAAUCGGCAAGCUGAUGGUGCAGCUGAGCCAGUCGCAGGACGAUGAAAUUGGUGACGGUACCACCGGCGUGGUGGUGCUGGCCGGUGCACUGCUUGAGCAAGCCGAGUCCCUGCUCGACCGUGGCAUCCAUCCGAUCCGUAUUGCCGAUGGGUUCGAGCUGGCGGCACAGUGUGCCAUCAAGCACCUUGACUCGAUCGCCGAACAGUUCCCGAUCGCUCUCGACAACAAGGAACCGUUGGUGCGCGUUGCCAUGACGACGCUCGGAAGCAAGAUCGUGAACAAAUGCCACCGUCAGAUGGCCGAGAUUGCCGUCGAUGCGGUGCUAACGGUUGCUGAUCUGGAAAAGAAGGACGUUAAUUUUGAGCUGAUCAAGCUGCAAAAUAAGGUCGGCGGCCGAAUGGAAGAUACCUGUUUGGUGAAGGGCGUGGUAGUGGAUAAGACGAUGAGCCACUCGCAGAUGCCAACGGUGCUGAAGGACGUGAAGUUGGCCAUCCUCACCUGCCCGUUCGAACCGCCGAAGCCGAAGACCAAGCAUAAGCUGGACGUGACUUCGGCCGAUGAUUACCGCAAGCUGCGUGUGUACGAGCAAGAAAAGUUCCUUGAAAUGGUGAAGCAGGUCAAGGAUUCCGGAGCAACCUUGGCCAUCUGCCAGUGGGGUUUCGACGACGAGGCCAACCAUCUGCUGCUGCAGCAGCAACUCCCGGCCGUUCGUUGGGUCGGUGGUCCAGAGAUUGAGCUUAUCGCCAUUGCCACGGGUGGCCGCAUUGUUCCACGUUUCGAGGAGCUGACGCCUGAAAAGCUUGGAACGGCAGGACUAGUUCGCGAACUCAGCUUCGGAACCACCAAGGAUAAGAUGUUGGUGAUCGAGGAGUGCAAGAACACUCGCGCAGUUACGAUCUUGAUUCGCGGUGGCAACCGGAUGGUAACGGAAGAGGCGAAGCGCUCCAUUCACGAUGCACUGUGCGUGGUUCGCUCGCUGGUCCGGGACUCGCGUAUCGUUUACGGAGGUGGAUCGGCCGAAAUCAGCUGCUCGCUGGCCGUGGCACGUGAGGCCGAUCAGCUGUCAACGCUGGAGCAGUACGCUUUCCGGGCUUUCAGCGUUGCCCUCGAGUCGGUUCCGUUGGCACUGGCCGAAAACAGUGGUCUACCGCCAAUCGAAACGCUGUCGGAAGUAAAGGCACGCCAGGUGGCGGAGAACAGCUCGACGUUCGGUGUGGACUGCAUGUUGACCGGCAACGACGACAUGAAGGACCACCACGUUAUUGAAUCAUUGCAUUCGAAGAAGCAACAGAUCAUUCUCGCUACCCAGCUCGUCAAGAUGAUCCUCAAGAUCGACGACGUUAGAACUCCGGCGGACAACAACUAAGCUCGGUUGUUGGCAUUUAAAUGUAUUUUUUGUCUGUGGGGAAGAUUCCUUCUUUGCAACCAAACUCACACAUACAUUCGUAGCGCACACGUCACAUUCAGUUAUUCACAGUGCUCCUUGUGGUGCAACAUCCAUCUCUGCCUUGGGCCUUUCAUUCAUUUCUUGCUUAAAUAAUGUGUCUCCAAUUAUAACCAGAACGCUGCGAGAAUUAAAAAUAACGCUUUGUGCGGAACUUAUUAAUCUACGUGAACGACUUAAAACAUAAGUGCUUUCUAACUCUCAUUUAAAAAAUAAAGAGAUGUUUC